AUGAAGCAAUACACCAAUACUUCAUGUCUCCGACUUGUUCGACCGAUAAUUAUAGCCAUUCUAACAAUAAUGCACAUCGCCAUCACGCAUUGUGCUGGUCAAGUCAAGGCCGAGAGGAGUCACAUGAUCAAGAAGAGCAAGCGUCACGGCCACAAGCAUCAUAAUGCUCCUGCACCUGCUCCUGCUCCUCAAUAUGGCGAUCAUCCAGCUGAGGCAAGCAUGUUCAAUGUGCUCUCUUUUGGAGCCGAAGGAGAUGGAGUCUCCGACGAUUCGAAGGUGCGUGUUCGCGUCUUCUUUAGCCUGCUUUUGAGCAGUUCAAAUGAACAGGCAUUCUUGGCGGCAUGGAAAGCGGCUUGCAAGGUACCGACGGCCACUUUGGUAAUCCCGCAAGGACUCAAGUUCCUGGUCAAGCCCAUCUCUUUUAAAGGCCCUUGCAUGCCUAAUCUUGUUCUUCAGAUAGAUGGAAUUGUGCAAGCUCCUCCAAAAGUAGGCUAUUGGAAAAAAUCCAGCUUAUUCCAAUGGCUGAAUUUCAAAUGGGUCCAGAACUUCACAGUCCAAGGCACUGGGACUGUUGAUGGUCAAGGGGCCGAGUGGUGGAGUCUCUCCCAGACGCCGCACUACAAUGUGCAGAGGACAUCGAAACACAUUCUGGGCAUGAAACCGACUGCUUUGCGGUUUUAUUCCAGCUAUAACGUGACGGUCCGCGGCAUCAGCAUCGUCAAUAGUCCUCUCUGCCAUCUGAAGUUCGACAAUUCCAGAGGGAUCAAGAUUAGCAACAUAGCCAUUUCCUCGCCCGAGGACAGCCCAAACACCGACGGCAUUCACCUUCAAAACAGCCAGCACGUAGAAAUCGAACACUCUAAUAUCGGCUGCGGAGAUGACUGUGUUUCUGUACAAACAGGCUGCUCUGACGUCUACAUCCAUCACAUUAGUUGCGGUCCUGGACACGGUAUAAGCUUAGGAGGAUUAGGGAAAGACAAAACCGUUGCAUGCGUCUCCAACAUUAUCGUAGACAACCUCUCUCUAGAAAAUACACUCUACGGUGUAAGAAUCAAGACCUGGCAGGGAGGAGUUGGGUCAGUCAAGAACGUAUCGUUCUCCAACGUUCAAGUUUCCCACGUGAAGGUCCCGAUGAUGAUCGAUCAAUACUACUGCGACAAGAAGUUUUGCAAGAACCAGACGGGAGGCGUCACGAUUUCCGGGGUCCGAUUCGACCAGUUCGUCGGGACUUACGCAGCGCAGCCCCUUCGCAUAGCGUGCAGCCACGACGUCCCGUGCACCGAGGUCGAUUUGGUGGACAUCCGGUUGAAGCCGUCGCCGGGACUCGGCGGUUCCCGGGAGGCCUCGUGUUACAACUCUUAUGGGAAAGCGGUGGCUCCUCUUGUUCCUGCUAGCAUUGACGAUUGCUUGAGAAGUGAUGGUGCAUCGAUCAAGAGAAUUGCUAGGUCACACGAUGUAGUUUGCUGGUGA